AUGGCCAUGCAAGCACUCCGCGAGUCGGCAAAGACCCUCCGCAUCGGUGUCAUCGGCGGAGACGGCGUUGGUCCGGUUGUCCUCCAGGCCGCCCAGCGCGUCCUCGAGGCGGUCCCGGGCAUCCCCAAGCCCUCGUUCGUCCCUCUCCAAGCCGGCUUCGAGCACUUCCAGAAGACGGGCACCGCUCUUCCCCGCGAGACCGUCGACGCUCUCAAGUCCGAAUGCACGGCAGCCAUGUUUGGCGCCGUCUCGUCGCCCUCGCACAAGGUCGCGGGGUACUCGAGCCCGAUUGUCGCGCUCAGGAAGGAGAUGGACUUGUAUGCCAAUGUCCGGCCGGUCAAGAGCGUCGAGGGACACGACCCGCGCGUGGUCGACAUGACCAUCGUCCGCGAGAACACUGAAUGCCUUUACGUCAAGCAAGAAACGAUCGAGGACACUGCCACAGGCCGCGUUGCCCGCGCGACCCGUCAGAUCUCGGAGCGGGCGUCGACGAGGAUCGGACGGAUGGCGUUCGAGAUUGCGCUCGCGGCGGCGGAGGUCAAGAAGCAGCGCGGGGGGUCGUACGGUUGGACUGGUGCUCCCACCGUUACCAUCGUGCACAAGUCGAAUGUCCUCUCUGUCACCGACGGCCUCUUCCGCGAGUCGGUCCGCGCCGUCGCCAAGGAGUACCCGACCGUUGAGGUCAACGAGCAAAUCGUCGAUUCGCUCGUCUACCGCCUCUUCCGCGAGCCGGAGAAGCUCUCGACGCUCGUCUGCCCGAACCUUUACGGCGACAUCGUCUCUGACGGCGCCGCUGCUCUCGUCGGCUCGCUCGGUCUCGUGCCCUCUGUCAACGUCGGCGACUCGUUCAUCAUGGGCGAGCCCGUCCACGGCUCGGCGCCCGACAUCGCCGACCGCGUCCCGUCCAUCGCCAACCCGCUCGCCUCGAUCCGUUCCGCCGCGCUCAUGCUGGAAUUCAUGGGCUACGUCGAGCCCGCAGCCAAGAUCUACGACGCAGUCGACGAGUCGAUCAGGCAGGGCAAGGUCACGCCUGACUUGGGAGGCAAGUUGAGCACGGAGGAGGUCACCGAGGUGGUUCGCAAGCAGCUGUAA